CUUCUUCUUCUUCUCCUGAAAGGCUGAAACCCAACUUUUGCUUCUGAUUCUGUUUAAUUCUGAUAAAGCUUUCGUUUUUAACUUGGUUUUCUGUCAGUCUACCGAUCAAUCUAAAGUCUAAACCAGCAAAAAUCCUGGAGUUAACUGCUUAACUUUCUUUCAGGAACCCAAUAAGUUUCUCUGAAAUUGAAUUAGUUUUCUUUCCAUCCCCUCCCCACUUUUGGCCGGAGAGGAAAAAGAAUCUAGCACUUGGGCAUUAUGGGUGUGAGAGUAGGGCUUUUGUUUCUUGUUGUACUGGGCAUCAGCUGGACUUGUGCGGAUGCUAGGACCUUAAUAAUCUCUGAUCCUUCAGUUAUGCAGAUCAGUUAUGAGAAGCCCAAAAGCAAGAUUCAAGCUACCACGAUUGCUGCAACAGAUGAAAGAGUGUGCCUCUUGUGUGAACAGUUCACUGCCCAGGCAGUAGAGUACCUUAGCGACAACAAGACCCAGAAACAGGUUAUCGAGGGUCUUCAUCUUGCGUGCCAUAAGUUGCACUCCUUAAAGCAGAAGUGCAUCAUGUUAGUGGACUACUAUGCCCCACUGUUCUUCUUGGAGCUUGGCACAAUCCAACCAGAGCACUUCUGCAUGAAAAUGGAUCUUUGUGACCAAGGGUUAAUUGCUUCUCUAGAACAGAAACCAGAUGGUUGUACACUGUGUCAUCGCACUGUUGAAGAAAUUCAGAUCAAGUUGAAAGAUCCAGACACACAGUUAGAUAUAAUUGAGAUGCUUCUAAAGGCAUGUGAUGCAGUGGAGAACCAUGUGAAGGAGUGCAAAAAGAUGGUUUUUGAGUAUGGACCCCUGUUCAUGGACAAUGCGGAGCAGUUCCUUGAAAUGACAGACGUCUGUGCUGUUCUCCAUGCAUGUAAAACUUCAGUUACUGGGGUCGAAGCAUCUUCCCAUGUUGAAAUAUCCAUCCUGUCUGAAUCUUAAAGCUGGAAGCAGAGAUAGGUCCGAACAACAGACAGAAUAUCUCCUAUUAAGAAGAGGAAGCCAUGGCAUUUGCUGAUUGUGGAAUUUAUGCUUUCCUCUCACGUACAACAUUUAAACUAAAAAAUUUAUCUGUAUGUUGUUGUAAAGUUCACAUUUUUUAAAGGGGAAACUUAUUAGAAAGUGUUUUUUUUUUUUUUUUUUUCUUUUGGUUGGGGUGGGGGGUAUCUGAAAGUGUUCAUUUGUACUAGUAAAACUUAGUGGUUUAUUUGGUCCUAAAAUUUUUGUAAAUCUGAUUAUCUGGGGAUUGCCUUUUUGUUGGAUGGUGUCAUAUAGAUAUACUUUCCUUCUAUGUUAA